GCAAAGAUGGUGGACCACCUGGCAAACACGGAGAUCAACAGCCAGCGAAUUGCAGCUGUGGAGAGCUGCUUUGGGGCAUCGGGGCAGCCACUGGCCCUGCCAGGCCGCGUGCUGCUGGGCGAGGGCGUCCUGACCAAGGAGUGCCGCAAGAAGGCCAAGCCACGCAUCUUCUUCCUCUUCAAUGACAUCCUGGUGUACGGCAGCAUCGUGCUUAGUAAGCGCAAGUACCGGAACCAGCACAUCAUUCCACUGGAGGAGGUGACGCUUGAGCCGCUUCCCGAGACCCUGCAGGCCAAGAACCGCUGGAUGAUCAAGACGGCCAAGAAGUCCUUCGUGGUGUCGGCUGCCUCCCUGACAGAGCGCCAGGAGUGGAUCAGCCACAUUGAAGAGUGUGUGCGGCGGCAGCUGUUGGCCACGGGCCGCCAGCCCACCACAGAGCACGCGGCACCCUGGAUCCCUGACAAGGCCACGGACAUCUGCAUGCGCUGCACGCAGACACGCUUCUCAGCACUCACGCGGCGCCACCACUGCCGCAAGUGUGGCUUCGUGGUCUGUGCUGAGUGCUCCCGGGAGCGCUUCCUCCUGCCGCGGCUCUCAUCCAAGCCCUUGCGCGUCUGCAGCCUCUGCUACCGCGAGCUGGCCGCCCAGAAGCUCAAGGAGGAGGAAGAGCAGGGCAGGGAGCCCCUGGAACAGCCAGUGCAUCCGGCCGGGGCUGUCUUAACAGCAUCCAGUGGGGACGACGACGACUCGGAUGAGGACAAAGAGAGUGGUGGGGAUGGUGACUGGCCCAGCCACGUGGAGUUCUAUGCCUCGGGCAUCUCCUGGUCGUCCUUCCACAGCUGAC